AUGGCAGAAAGAAUACUACAAGAUAUAGCUGAACAAAAAAAGCGUCUUGAAAUAGCGCAAAUCAAUAAAAACACCGAAGAGAAAGCACAUGCCUACCACAAUCUAGCCAGCGCUUAUUACUUCCUCAAAGACUUCCAUCGAGCAAUAGAGUACCUCAAGCAAUACCUGAGCAUUGCUGAGGAAGUCGGUGAUAGAGAAAGUGCAGGAUGUGCCUAUAACAAGCUCGGCUAUGCUUAUAGAUCCCUGGGUGACUACCAAAGAGCAAUAGAGUACCACAAUCAAGACCUCAGGAUUUCUAAAGAAGUUGGUGACAGGGCAGGUGAAGGACGUGCCUAUGGCAAUCUCGGCUGGAAUUAUGGCUCCCUCUGUGAAUUCCAACAAGCAAUAGAGUGCCACAAUCAACACCUCAUCAUUGCCAAGGAAGUUGGUAACAAGGCAUGUGAAGGCGAAGCCUAUUGCCAACUCGGCCAUAUUUAUAUUCAUCUCGACGAAUACCAACGAGCAAUAGAGUACACCAAUAAAGGCCUCAUCAUCGCCAAGCAAGUUGGUUACAGGAAAACGCAAUUGCUAGGCUAUCGCAAUCUCCGCAGGAUUCAUUUACGUUUCGGCGAAUACCAACGAGCAAUAGAGGACGCAAAUAAAUGCAUCAUCCUUUGCAAGGAAGUUGGUGACAGGGCAGGGCAAGGGCACCACUAUGGCGAUCUCGGCACUAUUUAUUUACAUCUCGGCGAAAACCAACGAGCAAUAGAGUACAUCAAUAAACACCUCAACAUUGCCAAGGAAGUUGGUGACAGGGCAGUGGAAGGCGAAGCCUAUUGCAAUCUCGGCUCUCUUUAUCACCACCUUGAAGACUUCCAAAGAGCAAUGGAGUGCAUGAAGAAACACCUGAGCAUUGCCAAGGAAGUCGGUGAGAGAAGAUGCCAAGGACAUGCCUAUUUAUGCAUCGGCGAAAUUCAUUAUUCCCUCGGCGACGUGGCAGGAGCAAUGGAGUACUACAAGCAAUGCAUGAGCAAUGCAGAAGAAAUCGGUGACAGGGGUGGACAAGGAAAUGCCUAUUGCCGCCUCGGAAUGUGUUAUAUAGAUCUCCACGACCUGAAGGAAGCAACAGAGUGUUACAAGCAACACCUGAGCAUUGCCGAGGAAAUGGGUAACAGGAUGGCAGAAGCAUGUGCCCAUAUCGGUCUGGGUAUCUCUUGUUUGUGUUCAGAUUCUUUGAAUGAGGCUUUAGGACAUUUUAGAUGCUGUGUUAAAAUCUAUGACACUAUUAGAGCUAAUUCUAUCUCGGAAGAUCAAUUGAAAAUAAGUUUUCGUACGAAUUGUGAAGCUGCCUAUACUUAUUUAUGGCAGGUUUUAGUAAUGCUUGAUAGGAAUGAUGAGGCUUUAUACGCUGCUGAGAGGGGACGGGCACAGGCUUUGCUCGAUGCCUUAAAAGUAACUUAUGGCCUUACAUCACUUUCGUCCUGGUCUAUUGAAUCUGAAGAAGAAGUCAGAAAUAUUUCAAGGAAGACAACUGUUUUAACAGUUUUUGUUGCCCUGGAAUUGAAAACAGCCAAUAUAUGGGUGUUGGGAAAAAAGGGCAACCCUAUCUUUAGGCAAGCGGAGAUAGACAUUGGUCGUGAACACGAAGAUUCCUUUACUUUCCUUUUGGACUUUGUUUUGGAAUGCAUUGGGGCUGGCAGAGGUAUCAGGUGCGAAAAUCGGUCAAUGGAUAAGAUGAGUGAUGACCAAACUUCAACUACUCGAGACGAUGAUCAAACAUCGGAGCCAAUACAGGGGACCGCCGACCUUUUACAGCCAUUAUAUGAUGUAGCUCUUGGUCCCAUUGAAGACUUGCUUGAUGGUGAUGAACUAAUUGUAGUUCCUGACGGCGCUUUGUCUAAAGUUCCUUGGGCAGCCCUGAGUGAAACUUUAAGGAUCCGCACUGUUCCCUCACUGACAAGUUUGAAAGUCAUCACAGAUUCUCCAAUUGAAUACCACAGUAAAAGUGGAGCCCUGCUUGUUGGAGAUCCAUGCUUGAAGAAAAUUACAAAUAAACGGGGGAACCCCAUCUAUGAUCCUCUGAACUACGCAAGAAUGGAAGUGGAGAUGAUUGGAGAAAUUCUAAAGAGUAAAACUUUAACAGGUGAAGAUGCAACCAAAGAAGCGGUACUUCAGAGAAUCGGGUCAGUUUCUUUGGUUCACAUUGCAGCCCACGGAAGAAAGGAAACCGGAGAAAUUGUUUUGGCUCCAGAUCCCCGAUGGGGAUACAAGACUCCUAAGGAGAAGGACUAUAUUUUGAAAAUGUCUGAUAUACAAGCUGUGAAGCUGAGAGCAAGGCUAGUUGUGUUAAGUUGCUGCCAUAGUGGUCAAGGACCGGUCUCGUCUGAGGGUGUGGUCGGUAUGGCACGUGCUUUCUUGUUUGCUGGUGCUCGUUCCGUGUUGGCAUCACUCUGGGCGAUUGAUGACGAAGCCACAAUGAUAUUUAUGAUAUCUUUCUAUCAACAACUUGCAAACGGAGAAAGUGCAAGUGUUGCUCUUCAGGGGGCCAUGAAAUGUCUUCGAGACUCCCACGACUAUUCUGCUCCAAAGUACUGGGCUCCUUUUGUUCUAAUGGGCGAUGACGUCAAGAUUGAAAUGGAAAAAGAGUCAUUGAGCAAGUGGUAA